AUGAAUCACGACAAUCACCACCAUCACGGCAGUCACGGAGAUAUGCCCACUAUGAACGCUACACAUUCCCCAACGACGAUGGUUCAUAUGAUGAUGAUGAAGGUAAGCAUACGUUUAUUAAUGUUGUUUCUCGUGCAGCGGAGAAGACUGGUAGGAUUUGACAGUGAAACGCAAAUUUUUGUAUCGUUGAAAAGGCAAGCGACCCUCGCUUACACGACACUUGUUGACAAAUGCGUUGUUCAGUUGUUUAAUAUCCAUGGUAUGACUCGGCGAAUUCUCUCAAUCGAAGUUGACUUCCAGACUAAAUGAAAACAGCACAGCCCUCUUCGUGGGAAGAAAAGUAACCAAUCUAUCGUAGCUCUUACUUUCAAUCGAUUGUUAAAACACGAAUAACGUUAAUAAGCUAGCGCCACGCUGCAAGGACUUUAUAUAAGCUUAGGAAGCCGGGUUGUGUUAACAAAGUUUCCGACUCUUGAAAUAGGUAGCCGGCCUUAAAAAGUCAAUGCAUUUAAUACUUUUUAGAACGUAAGAUAGCUGUAGGGUUUUCUUAUGAGUGAAAAUACUACAAGUAAGGAACGUUUUACAUACGGUAUUAAACGCCUAUAACAUUUUUAUAAGUGCAUCGAUCAUGUGAAGAGAUCGUGUCUCAGGCUGGUGUCGUGUCAAGCUGCUCUUUCGCGAUUCGUGUUUUGAAUUGAUGUAACAAAAUACGAAAGGCAUUUUCAAGCGAUUUCAAAUUUAGAUCUAUUUACGUAUGUUGACGAGAUAUUGUAUUCACCAUGAUAUUCUUUUGUUCAUAACUUUGUUUUGCUUUGUGUGUUCUUUAAGCCUUAAUUUUUUUUCGUACGGAACCUGUCCAGCUGCGUAUUUUUUUGACGCACUUUGAGCCAUUUGCUUACAUUUUUCUGUUUCUGUGUAAAAUACACUGCUGUGUUUAAAGUGCACAAAUAGAAACAACAAACUCACUCCCUCUGUUGUUUAAAUGGUGUUAUAUGGCCAAAAAAGCCCUCUCCCAGCCCCCAACUUACUGACGUGAUUGAAUUGUAAGUGAUUAUUCCAAUAUCACACUCCUUUACUGUGCAAAUUAAACUCAAUUGUUAAGAAUACAUGAAGUGUGAAAGGAAUCGAAAUAAAACGAAAAUUUUCUUUGCAAAAGCCCUGUUUGCACUAAUUGCCAAAAAAAUAGAGUUUGGCAUUUGCAAAGAAAUUGAAAAUUCUGUACCUACAAAUUUUUUGUUUUUGUAACCUUGUUCGCACCUAAGACAUGCAAAAGUUUUUGUGUAACUAAAAAUGUCACAUAUCAAAGGAACUAUAGUUGGUCAUGUUCACCAAAUAACAUGACCCAACGAAGUAUACCAUUAAGGAACAAAGACUUUUGUCGCCUCACAAAAAAUAGUAGGCCGCCAAAUCUUCUUGACAGUAUCUUUGAAUUUUGGUGACACUUGAGAGAAUUUUGGUAGCUUCUUGAUGACAGAUUUUUUUGCAAAACAAAUAAAUUUUUUUAAAAAAGCAAAUGGGGCAAAAGAAAAGUCACCCCCUUCUCCCCCACCAAACAAGAAAUGAAAUACCACUUAUAAUAAGUGAGAAACUAUAUUAAUAAAAAUUUUACUGGUCUGUGUACAUGUAAGAGCUGAAGUUGGCGAAAACUAACUGUGUCCAAAUUCAUGACGCUCCCUUUGUACCUGGCUGUAAGCCACUUUUUUGAAUGUUUUCUAUUUGUAGCAUUGCAAUUAGCUUUGGUCCAACAGUCUGUCAUUUUUUGAUGAAUUGCAAUUCACUUCUGAAAUUAAUUUAUUAUAAGAUUCUUGGGAGGGUUCCAGACCUACCGGUACAUCUAAAUCAUCAGUUAUUCAUGAAACAGUGUUUAUAAACUUAUUCAUUAUUUAUGAAGUGACAUUUACAAAGCAACAUACAUUUAAGUUUAAACCUGAUAUAUAUUUAAGGGUCUUAAACUCUUUCUUGGUAAACUGCUGCUUAAGAGCUGUCAAUACAUAUACUCUUUCUAUAAGUCACAAAUAGCUGUAUGUACCCCGUAAAAAGUGCCAAAUAUAAGUUGAUCUGACCUAUAUUUAUUAUCAUUAAACCAAUGAGCUGGUAUGCAUAAUAAUGCUAAUGAUACUUUUUUAGUAAAAUAUUUAUGUUGAAAUUUGCAGGUAAGUAAUUAAAUUACCUGCCAGUGAAUGGCUUGAUAACGGCAUGUAAUGUAGUCAAAAGUCAUCACAUAUGUAUAUGUAACGUUGUUGGUAGUUAAGAGUGUUAUCUUAAAACUUUUUGGGCAGUGUGCACAUCUGAGCAUAAAGUUAUUACCUGAAAAUCAUACAUUACUUUAUCACCAUGUUCAUGGCUAAGGUACAUUUAUAUUAUUGCCUUUUUGUGAAGAGAGUACACACUUUUUAGCAAUUGCUUUUUCUGCCUUAAUACCUAUUGUAACCAUAGAAGAAAUAUUUUGGUAUUUUUUUUACCUUUUUGGAGGGCAUCAUUGACAAAAACACAGCUUCUCUCUUUCUUUUUAUUGAUAGUUUCUCUUGCACUUUUUCUAGCAGUAAUUUAUUAAAUUUGAUAUUGCAUUAUCUUAAUCAAAUACAGAUAUAAAAAUCACAGGAAGAAAUACAGUUGACUCCCGAUAAUUCGAACCCUCACUAACUCGAACCUCGUGCUAACUGGAACCAAAACGAUUUCCCCUGAAUUUCCAUCAUACAUUCACUGUAAUUUUACCCUCGGUAACUCGAACCCUCGAUAACUCGAACUCCCGCUAACUCGAACCAAUUUUCGUUUCCCCUCAGGUCAUUUUCUAUAUAAUUUUACCCUCGAUAACUCGAACCACGUUUUGAGCCCUUAAAAAGUCGGGAAAAAGCCGUCUACGGGCGUCCGAAACAUUGAAUUUUGGAUUUCCUAUUGAUGUGUUGUAGGAGUAUAGUUUGUUAGUGGAGAUUACUUUAAACUUAAGCUUACAUUUUCUCUGCAAGCUUUACUUCUCAAAACAGUAAAACGCAUGCUCUGUUUAGGCUAUGGUUUGUUACGUUACGUCCUGAUUUAUAAUCUAGAAGUAUCUUUUAAUUUUCACUUGACAUUUCUACAAUUAAAUGUGAUUAAAAUGUUCACUGUGCAGUAAAAACUGUUUUUUACCUUACUCUCGGCUAUUUUCUUCGAGCUCCCGAUAACUCGAACCUCUUUCGAUUCCCCUUGAAGGUUCGAGUUAUCGGGAGUCGACUGUACCAUGGUUCACCGAUACAUCAGUGUAUCAACACAGCCCUAUUUAUUACCCUUUUCUUUUGAAAUAGGUGUACCAACAAGUGUUGGCUCCGGUGUUCAUUUGUGCAACUGGUACUUGAAAAAUAAACAUUGCCUGUUGAACUGAGUUAUUUCCAUUUUCUUUCUUUUCAGAUGUAUUUCCAUGCUAGUAAGGAUGCAACUAUUUUGUUUGAAGAUUGGAAAGUAGACACUGUAGGAGGUAACAUCCGUUUAACACAUUAGGAAUAGCUGAUAAAAAUGUAUAAGUAGUGCUGGUGGCAACAUCAAUAAAAAAUAAUGUUAUAAAUUAUUGUUCUUUAAAUUUCUUACAUUUCAUUCUUCCAACUUGUACAAUGUUGCAAUGAAUUGGUAGGAGUUAUUUUCAAGAUACAGUUUUCAUUGUUGCAAAUUCACAUCUUCAGAAAACUAUAGUUUUACAGUCAUACAGUGUUUCCUUUUCCAGAGGAUUGUUGAGAAAUGGAGAGAAAAUAAUAUACAUGUUGUAUAUAUAAUGCUUGUCCAGAGAAAUUAAUUGUCAAUGUUGUGUGGUUCUCUUCUCAUGCCCAAUUACACUGAAAUAUAAAGGAUAUUGGUGUUUUGAAAGUAAAAUGUGAAGGAUUUUAAUCUUGUAGUAAAAUUAAGGUAAUAGUGACAGCAAAUUAUUACCAUGUCAAAUUAAAUGACCUUUUUAACAACACUGAGUCCAGUUUAACAUUGUUUAUGUAAGCUCGAGAAAGGAAAGAACCCCCGAGGGAGGGGGAAUCUUUUUUGUCUUCUCCAAAAACUAUUCUUAUCCAAAAUGAAAUAUGAUUUUGCCCUGUACAUGUAGCUGAGUAUUGAAUAGUUUUGCUUCAUAUGUUGAACACUUUUGAGUUAACUGGAUUAUUUUAUUAUUUCUUAAAACAGGUAUUGUUGCCUCCUGCAUUGGGAUCUUUGUUCUAGCUGCCCUCUACGAAGGUCUUAAAGUGUUUAGGGAGGUUAUGAAAAGAAGAUACAGCUAUCUUGUGAGUGUGGAUUUGUCUGAAACAAAGACAUAUGGUAUAGGACCAUCCCAGACUACUGUUGUCACAGAAUCAAGAGGGCAGUCUCCAAGGUAAAUUAUUCUAGAGUUAUAUUAAUUCACUCUACAACAUCAGUAAGUCAUCAAAAGAGCACAAAACAUCUACAGUACAGUCGAGCUCCGUUAAUACGGAUGCUAAGAAAAGUGUCCAUAUUAACGGGGUGUCUGUGUUAAGGGGGUCAUGUAUACACCUUUCGUUUGAAAAAAAUAUACUCCAAAAAAAUACUUUUUACUCCAAAAAAGAGAGGUUUAUUGCAGCACACAGUGGACAAUAAUAAAGUGUCCACAUUAGUGAGGUUGGCUUUAUAUGAGAAUCUGCUCAUUGGGCAAGAAAAAAGUGUCCAUUGUCUGCAUUAUUGGGUGUCCGUAUUAAGCAGGUUGAAUUUAGAGAAAAUGUAAAGGCUUUCUGUCCCCAGGGUCAAAGAAAAGUGGCCGUAAUAAUCAGGUGUUGGUAUUAAGCGGGUGUCUGUAAAGUGGGGUUCACUGUAUUAGUAAUUUCAAAUUUACAGAAACAUUUUGUAUGUGGUGUAUUACCUCCUAAUAAAAAAGCCAAAAAAGCAAGAAGAAGUAUAAUUAAAUGAAUAAGAUUUUCAAGAUUCUGUAUGUGGGAUCUUUACAUUGUAAUUGAUGUUGAAAAAGUAAAAUCCAACUAGUGGUCUGUUAUCAAUUUUGCAUUCUGAUUGGUUGAGCUACUACUAGGCUAUAUGUUAUUGCCCACUUAAUAGCGAAAAGCGCUGGCUUUGAAAACCAAAACAAUGGCGGCUGAAUCGCAUUUUGCUAGCUAAAGUUGUUUUCUCUCGAUAUUUUUGACCAACCAUUUGGAUUUUACUAAAACAAUUAUUCCCCUUGCCCUCAUGGCCUCUGAGUCAAUAGCCUCAGACUCAGAGCCCAUUUGGGCUCAAGGAAUAAUUGUUAAUUAUUUCAAAGCGAAAGAUGCAAAAUGGAGAACAAGUUAAUGGUUUGGGAUGUGCAUUAGUCAAUACUCACACUGUAUGUGUUGUUGUUAUGACAUGUUAAUCAUUUUUCUCUGAUUUGAAUUUUCUACAAUGCACAUGGGUUUUAAAUUUUGCGAGGACUUAUAUUUCCAGGGCUUUAAUCUCACUUUGUUUUUACUGUAGCGAAAAAUGCAAAAUUUAAAAGUAACAAUAAGGUAUAAGGUGUUACAGGCCUUGGGUGAUGUUCGAAUGUUGGGUCCUGGUCUUGAAUGCUAAACCCAUCAUGUGUUGUUGUUGUUGUGUAUUUCAGGUCUCGAAUAUUCAACUGGCAUCAUUUCCUUCAAACCUUUCUUCAUGUUGUGCAGGUUACUGUCAGUUAUUUCCUCAUGUUGAUCUUUAUGACGUACAAUGUGUGGCUGUGUCUUGCUGUGGUCCUUGGUGCAGGCUUUGGAUAUUUUGUCUUUGGCUGGAUGAUUAAUAAAGUGGUGGAUAUUUAUGAACACUGCCACUGA